AUGGACUUUGCCUUUGGAAAAGAUGAUGUUGAAGAUGGACAUCAUGAUGCAGAGAAGGCUUUGAAGUUCAUUCAGAAAGUCCAAGCAGUUCAUCAGGCAGUAGAAGCUCAAUUGGAGAAGAGCCAAGCCAAAUACAAGGCUCGACAUGACAAGCAUCGCAUAGAUCAUCAUUUUCAAGUUGGCGACCGCGUUUGGUUACAUAUCAGCAAGGAAAGGAUGCAAGGUGAAGGUAAAAAGCUUAAGCCUAUCAGAUAUGGUCCCUUUGAGAUCUUGGAAAAGAUUGGUACCAAUGCCUUUCGCCUUAAUCUUCCUCCAUAUAUGCAAAUUUACUCAGUUGUAAAUGUAGAAAACCUGAAGUUGUACGAGCCUCCAAUGAUUUUGGAUGAAGAGGCUAAUGUUCAGGUCCCAUCAGUUGAUGACCUUUCACCUGAGUAUAUGUCAGAGCUGCCAGAGGAUGUCAUUCUUGAUAGAAAUGUCAGAUCUUCAAAAAGAGGUGCUAUUGAGUACCUUAAAGUAGGACGUAAAGGAAUGCAUCCUGGCAAAGCACAAUGGAUGGAGGUUGAAAGAGUGAGGGAGUUGUAUCCUCACUUACUUUCUGCGUAA